UGCAGCUACCAGGAAGUGGGUAGCCGGCGGCCUACUAGCGUCUUCAGAAAAGGUAUGGAGAGGUAGACAAGGGGCGGCGGCGGAGACUGGCUACUGCCUUCGUUAGGAGAGGCUCAACAGCUGCUUUUUACCUACUGAGUCAAGUGAACUGGUUUACGGGAGCGGGUACCUGCAUUUAAGAAGAGGGCAAGGACGGAGGAAGUAUUUAUUUAUUUUGAAGACUAAAGUUAGAACUCAUCAUCUGCAGACCUAUUUGUGGACUGUGUCUGGGGCACUCUCGGCCUCGGAAAGAGGGAAGAAUGGGGCGACUCCGGUUAGCAAAGGAAAGGCUCGUCUAGGCUACCUCCCGUCUGUGUUUUCCCUAGCCCAAAACCACAGAGCCGCAUGGCUUCCGUCGUCUGGGGGAGUGCCUCCUGGUGGGGCCCGCCGCCCCCAGCCCCAGCCCGGCCGCUCACGGACAUCGACUUCUGCUCUGGUGCGCAGCUGCAGGAGUUGACCCAGCUGAUCCAGGAGCUGGGUGUGCAGGAGAGCUGGAGGGACGGGCCCGAACCGGGAGCAGACCUCCUCCGAGCCAAGGACUUUGUCUUCUCUUUGCUUGGUCUAGUUCACCGUCGGGACCCCCGCUUUCCCCCCCAGGCAGAGCUCUUGCUGCUUCGUGGUGGGAUUCGCGAAGGCUCCCUAGAUCUGGGGCAUGCACCCCUGGGUCCCUAUGCCCGGGGACCUCACUACGACGCCGGCUUCACACUCCUAGUGCCCGUAUUGUCUCUGGACGGCACUGAGCGAGAGCUGCAACUGGAUCUGGAAUCCUGUUACUCAUGGCUCCGCCUCCCAGAGCUUGUGUGCGGAACCUCAGUCCGGGAGUUGUGGCAAGAUUGCCUAGGACCCCCAGUCCCAGGAGGACGUGAUUUGAGCCACCAAACCAAGAGCGAAGAAAGUCCCAAGGACCCGCAAAUCUCGGUGGACCAGCCGCAAGGUGACAUCACUGAGUCUGAGCCGCAUGUGUCUUUCGAAGAAUUACAUAGUGACGUUUCAGGAUCCGAAUCGCCUCGGCAUGACGUCACCGACCCUGGCUCUCCUGCACCAUUGAAAAAACAGAGUAGUGACGUCACCAAAGAAGCCGUCGAAUGCCCAGUCCCAAAGCCAUCGGAGACUCAGGAGGCGUGGCCUACAUUGUGUCCAGCCCAGGUGGCUGCUUGGUUCUUUGCUAAGCUGGCCGCCGUCGCAGAGUCCCUGAUCCCAGUCCCGGGCGCCCCGCGCCUGGUGCACGCAGCUCGGCAUGCGGGGGUCACUACCAUCCUCCUGGCUACGCCGGGGCCCCCGCGCCGCCUCUUGCUCUUCGACCUGAUCCCAGUGGUAUCCGUGGCCGGCUGGCCCGAGGGGGCUCGCAGCCAUUCGUGGGCCGGUCCGCUGUCCGCCGAGCCAGCCUCCUUCUACCUGGUGCCCGGCGGCGGCACCGAGCUUCUGGGCGCCCCGGGUUGGCAGCUCUGCUUUGCCCGCCAGGAGCUGGCGCUCAAGGCGCGCAUACCCGCGCCGCUGCUGCAGGCGUACGCAGCAGCCCAGGCGCUACUGCGCCCGCUGGUGGCCGGGACCCGGGCCGCGGCGCCCUAUCUCCUGAGGACCUUGCUGUACUGGGCGUGCGAGCGGCUACCCGCGCUCUACCUGGCGCGGCCGGAAAAUGCAGGCGCCUGCUGCCUCGGGCUGAUGGACGAGCUGGGCCGUGUGCUCGAGGCCGGGACGCUGCCUCACUAUUUUCUGAGAGGCCGAAAGCUCUGUGCGGGGGACUGCUCGGCGGCGCUGCUCCGGGCGUUGGCCGGGCUCCGCGCGGACCCUGCCCGGGCCCUGCGUACAGCGGUGGAAGAGGCCAAGGUUGCGCGCAAAGGGGGAGGCUUAGCGGGCGUGGGGGGCGGGGCGCAUUAA